UUUGACGCUUGUGCAACCUCUAGCGCUAACGAAUGCGAAUUUUAUGUGACUUUAACUUUGCGGCUAGCUCCCGCGCUAGGGUUUAACGAUACAUCGUCAUCAAAGCUUGCUUUAGGGUUUUAGUUUACAACUAUCCUUCCAACCAUGAACUUCAGAUUCCAAAACCUCCUCGGCGCCCCCUACCGCGGCGGCAACGCCCUCAUCACCAACAACCACCUCCUCGUAUCCCCCGUCGGCAACCGCAUCUCCGUCACCGACCUCCUCAACUCCUCCACCACCACCCUCCCCUUCCACUCCUCCUCCAACCUCCACCGCCUCGCUGCCUCCCCCGACGGCCUCUUCCUCCUCGCCGUCGACGACAACUCCCGCGCCCUCUUCGUCAACCUCCCCCGCCGCGUCAUCCUCCACCGCAUCACAUUCAAGUCCCCCGUCGCCGCCGCCAAAUUCAGCCCCAACGGCGUCUACAUCGCCGUCGCUGUCGGGAAGCUCGUCCAGGUCUGGAAAUCGCCCGGUUUUAAAAAGGAGUUCUUUCCGUUUGAGCUGGUGAGGACGUUUGCGGACUGUGCCGAUAAGGUCACGGCGUUGGAGUGGAGUCCAGAUUCGGAGUAUUUGCUCGCCGGGUCGAAGGAUUUGACGGUUAGGUUGUUUUGUUUGAAGAAAUUGAGUGCGUAUAAUAAGCCUUUCUUGUUUUUAGGGCAUAGGGAUACAAUUGUUGGUUGUUUCUUUGGUGUUGAUAAGAAGACUAAAAGGGUUUCUAGGGCUUAUACUGUGUCGCGAGAUGGCGGGAUUUUUAGUUGGAGUUAUACUUCUAGUGGUAAUGAGAAUAAAUUUGAUGAAUUAGAAGGUGAAAAGUCAGAGCCACCUUCUCCGGGUACUCCUGACCAGAGGCCUAUUGAGAGUGAUGUUGGUGAUGGUGAUGAUGAUGGUGAUUGUAAUGCUAAUGCCAAGAAAAGGAAGAAUUAUGAUGAGAGAGAUGUUGAUUUGGGUGAUGAGAGUGGGUAUUUGUUGCAUACAGGGAAAUGGGAAUUGGUUAAAAAGGACUACUUUAUGCAGGCUCCAGCAAAAUUGACUGCUUGUGAUUAUCACCGGGAUCUUGAUCUUGUGGUUGUUGGGUUCUCAAAUGGGGUGUUUGGGCUGUAUCAGAUGCCGAACUUUAUCUGCAUUCACUUGUUGUCGAUAUCGAGGGAGAAGAUCACAACUGCUGUUUUCAAUGAUCUGGGGAAUUGGUUAACGUUCGGAUGUGCAAAACUAGGGCAGUUGCUCGUAUGGGAAUGGAAGUCGGAAAGUUACAUCUUGAAACAGCAGGGGCAUUACUUUGAUGUGAAUUGUCUUGCGUUUUCUCCCGACUCACAGCUCUUGGCUACAGGAGCGGAUGAUAACAAAAUCAAGGUGUGGACUGUUUCCUCAGGCUUCUGUUUUGUGACGUUUUCCGAGCACACUAAUGCAGUCACUGCGCUACAUUUUAUGCCCGGCAACCACUGUCUCUUGAGUGCGUCUCUUGAUGGGACUGUUCGUGCAUGGGAUCUUUUCCGCUAUCGAAAUUUUAGGACCUUCACUACUCCUUCUUCGAAACAAUUUGUUUCUUUAGCAUCAGAUCAAAGUGGUGAAGUGAUUUGUGCUGGAACUCUAGAUUCGUUUGAGAUAUUUGUCUGGUCAAUGAAGACAGGGCGGCUGUUGGACGUUCUUAGCGGUCACGAGGGUCCUGUUCAUGGGCUAAUGUUUUCUCCUACAACUGCAAUCUUAGCUUCAUCUUCAUGGGACAAAACUGUUCGCUUGUGGGAUGUUUUUGAAGGAAAAGGUGCAGUUGAAACAUUUCCCCACACACAUGAUGUUCUUGCAGUUGUUUAUCGACCAGAUGGAAGGCAAUUGGCCUGCAGCACCUUAGAUGGGCAAAUCCAUUUCUGGGAUCCUAUUGAUGGCUUGUUAAUGCACACAAUUGAUGGCCGUAGAGAUAUUGCUGGUGGUCGUCUUAUGACUGAUCGUAGAUCAGCCGCUAACUCCAGUUCUGGAAAAUGCUUCACGAGCUUAUGUUACUCUGCUGAUGGGAGUUACAUUUUGGCUGGGGGAAGUAGUAAAUACAUUUGUAUGUAUGACAUUGCUGAUCAGGUACUUCUCCGGAGGUUUCAAAUAACUCACAAUCUUUCUCUGGAUGGAGUUCUUGACUUCUUGAACUCAAAGAAAAUGACUGAAGCUGGUCCAAUGGACUUGAUUGAUGAUGAUAAUAGUGAUGCAGAAGAAGGAGUUGAUAAACAAACCCGGGGGAAUUUAGGUUAUAAUUUACCAGGGUCCAUGCCUAAUCGUGGAAGACCCAUUAUUCGGACAAGAUGCCUGAGAAUUGCACCAACUGGCAGGAGUUGGGCAGCUGCAACAACAGAGGGGGUUCUAAUUUAUUCAAUAGAUGAAUCCUUUAUCUUUGAUCCAACCGAUCUUGACAUAGAUGUCACACCAGAGGCAGUUGAUGCAGCACUAAAUGAAGAUCAACCAAGCAGGGCUUUGAUCCUCAGUCUUCGAUUAAACGAAGAUAGUCUGAUAAAAAAGUGCAUUGUUGCUGUUAGUCCGGAAGCUAUACCAGUUGUUGCUUCAGCAGUCCCUUUCAGAUAUUUGCAAAGGUUAAUUGAAGCAUUUGCAGAACUUCUGGAAAGCUGUCCACACUUGGAGUUCAUUCUUCGAUGGUCUCAGGAACUCUGCAAAGCUCAUGGUCAUUCUAUCCAACAGAACUCCAGGAAUUUGCUUCCUGCUCUAAAAUCAUUGCAGAAAGCAAUUACCAGAGUACAUCAAGAUUUGGCCGAAACAUGUUCUACCAACGAAUAUUUGCUUCGAUAUUUAUGCUCUACAGGAACCAAGAAAUGAUGUUCGUGUUUUCAAUUGGCUAAUUUUGGCUAUGGUAUUGACAGAUGGCUCAUUACAAUUGGAGGAUGAAAAUUUGAUUCCAAGCUGAACCUACUAUCUCUACUGCAAGUUUCUUGGCUUGGAUACAAUUUAGAUAUGUUGGCCCAGGGGCGAUACACAGUAAUAAUUCUUACAUGGGCUAGAGGUAUUGUUGUGCACUCAAUAUUGCAAAUUACCAGAUGAAGCAUAAAUUUAGUUGACAAGACUUCAUUUAUAUGCCUCUCAUUGUUUGAAGAUGAUUCUGUCAUCUUCUGGUUGAAGAGUGGAAGACAAUUUUUGCUCAAUGCAACUGUUGGAUCAUAGGCUCGUAGCGCUUCGUGUUGCUGUUUACAUUAUAAGGUUGGGAGAUUGCCACUUUUGCCCUCUCUUUUUUUCUGGUCUGUUGUUAUCAAGAGAGGCUUGGCAAUGUCAAAUUUUGCCUACAGGUCUAUAAUUUUGUGACCAUAUGGGAUAUAGAUUUCGCUGGAUAAAAUAUCCCCUGCUAAUGUGAUUGAAAUAUUAAGUUGGCAAGUUCCUCA